CCCUGACACAGCCAACCUAGUAGUAGUCAUCUGUCAUGGUUGAUCGACCUGAUUAGUGCAUGCUGGUCCACGUCACAUCGCCAUUGUUUAUCGACUCAGUUCUCCGCUGAUCGCGUCUGCUUUUUCUCCUUGGUUUCAGCAAUUUCUCCUCCAAUUGCGUGUCCGCGGAAUUCCCGCAUCCAUGCUGCGCAUUGUCUUGACAUGCGGACUUACGGCGAGCAGCUGCGGAUAGUUCGGCGGGAGUUCCGCGCGGAUUUGUCGAAUGAUAGUCUUCGCCGGCUCCCCAGGCAGCUGAUGCCAUCCUUCCUGGCACCUUUCGCCGCGUUUCUCGGCGCGUUUCUCGCAACAGCAUUACUAGGAACCCUCGUGUUUGUGCCUCACGCGUUAGAUGGAUUGCCGUCCGGCGGUAAUGGCGGAAUUCUGGGAGCGGCGAUUCGGGGAACCACGAUACAAGCUGCCUCGAGGUGGGAGGAGCAGCAGAGGUGCCUGGAAGAGCUUCAGAGUUUAAGGAGAUGGUAUUCAGAGACUGGAGCUGACGCAGCAUUUGCCAGCUCAGCGGUUCAACCCUAUCGCUCCAUGUCAUCUGCCAGCUCAGCUGCGGUUUCCAGUACCUUUGCCAGCUCAGCUGCCAAGAACCUGCGCGCAGCCACUCGUUCCCUGCUCAGUAUAGAGGAGAGAAGAGAUUCCGGUUUUGGCAGCAGCAGCACCAGCAGCAUAAGCAAUCAGCUACUCCCACCCCCAGCAGCAUCAGCAGCAGCAGAGUCCGCCUCUGUGCGUCGAGUGCUGACUCGCACCUUCACCAGUCCCAACCUCAACCCCAAUGCGGCCUGCGCCGAGAAUGAGACAAGCGGUGCCGCCCUCAGGGCCCACCUGGCGGCCAAGGCAGUGGAGCUGAGGGCGACUCAAGUGCGGAUAGAGGAGAUGCAGCGCACUGUGGGUCGGGUGAACUACCAGAAAUUCCUGCUGGACUAUGCUCUGUCAGAGACGACUGUCGACUGGAACGACCGCCUGCUGCCAGCACAGAGGAUGGAGGAGGCGCGUCGAGCCCUAGCUGCCUGCAGCGCCAAUGGAGUCGUCAUGGCAAAGAAAGUGCCUCUGUGGAAGGGCUAUGCGUGUGACGCCUCUGACGACGACAUCUACUCGUUUCUCGAGUACGAUCCGAACAGGCUGUGCCCUGACGACUGGCUAGCGACCCAGGCGCUCAUUUUCAACCACAACUGCUUCUCCCUGCCGAAACGCCGCUGUAUGGCUCGCACCAACCAGAGAUGGGGCGAGCCCCUGCCCUUCCCUCAGCUCUAUUCACCCAGGACGCACUAAAGGACGAGAAUGUGCGGUGGAGCCUGCACUCUUGCAAGUCUUUUACAUGUCUCAACACGCGCGUGGUGGGCGACUGUCGCAACUGCUUCAACCUCACCCUCGAGAGGAACAGAUGGCAGAGGGGGUUCAGGGGGUCUCUGCCCAUCCCGAUCGUCAUCAGAAUGAAGCACGGGUCUUUGAGACUCGGUCUGGAUGCCGGUGGUGGCACGGGCACGUUCGCAGCGCACAUGGCACUUUACAACGUGACGAUUCUGACUACUGCUAUGAAUGUGGAGACAGUGGCGGGGAGAACAGGUGGGCUGCCGUACAUGGAGACACUGGCGCAGAGGGGCCUCAUCCCCCUCUGGUUACCACACAAGGCACGCUUACCUCUCUUUGACAACACUCUGGACUUGGUACACUGCGUGAACAGCAUCAAAUAUAUGCCAGUACUGGAGUUCGAGGAGCUCAUCUUCGAGUGGGACCGCGUCCUUCGAGUGGGUGGAGUCAUGUGGUUUGAAAUGUUCUACGCACCUCUUUCUGAGAUGCCCAUCUAUAUCGCAGUCAUUGAGCAGCUACAGUACAAGAAGCUACACUGGAACAUUACGCCCAAACCCGAUAGUGGCGAGCGCAAGGGCAUGCAUGUGUACUUGAAUUGUGUGAUUGAAAAACCUGUCCGUCCUAGCAAGCAGGGCUUCAGAAGUCAGGACAAAAUGCCCUGAAAUGCUGUAUAGAAGGGUGUUUUUUUAGGUCAUCCUGUUUUUCCAGCUUUUGAUUUUUCCUAGGGCUGCAUUUUAGGGGUUCUCAUUUGAGCAGGCCUGAAAUAUGUGUUGGGAAAAGUUGUGACUAAGGGAUACAGAAUUAGGGAUGUACUUAUCAGAAUUUAGAAGUGAAUAAUAGAUAGAGUGAGAGUACACACAAAUAUACCUAAGUGUUGUAC